AUGCAUCCAUUCAAGAUUGUCCGUCGGGAGUCCAAGAGCUUGGGAGUGACCGUGACCGUGGCCAUGACCAUGACCAUGACCAUGGCUAUGGCUAUGGAUUCCUCUCAGUCGCCAACUCCUGCUCGACCAGAACUUCACCAUUCACCCGUCGAUCCCUUUGAUAGUACCGAAUUAGUACUGAAAGAGAGAGAAGACAAAAGAACCGUGUCCUUUGAGUACCAUGGGUCAGGGGCCUUGACCGAUGAAAAUGCGAAGACGGAUUACGAUGUGAAAAUGUGCUGCUUUCGACGCACAUUCAAUGCGCUUCUGGUCCUUCUCUCUUCCACGCUCCUCCAGGUGAGCUGGGGUCAGGUGGAGGGAGAGGCGAGGAAUGGCCUGGGGCCCGAGUUUAACCCUCUGGUCACCGCCGUCUGUCGCAAGGGCAUCAUGACCAUCACCGUCCAGACCGAGGACCCCUUCUUUGGUAUGAACUUGCGCUGA